UUUGUUAAAUAAAUAUUUUUAAUGGAAAUUGAAUACGAACAAAAUCCAAUACAACAAUCUCAAGAUCUUCAUAAAAAUACCUCAGUAAUACUUAUAAUAAUAUUAUUUAGUAUUAUAAUUCUGGAUUAGCAUUAUCAGAAGAAGCUAGGAAAUUACUAAAUGCCCAAUAAUUAAUAACAUCUGGAGGUAAUCCUUAAUUGAUACAGGAAAGAAUUAGAAGUCCAGAUAAAUAAACUAAAAGUAUUAUAAAAUAUAAAUUCAUGAAUGAUGGAAUGUGGAUGAAGUAAUAUUUCUAUUUAAUAUUUCUAGAAUAUUAAUAGAUAGAAAUGAUUAUCCAGAAAUUAUUGACACACCUAUCAUAGCUAUGAAUGCUGAAUUUUAAAUUGAUGGAUUUGAGUUUACAAUCAAUGUAAAUGAAUUGGUUGAAUACGCUUUAAAAAUUACUAGAACUAGAGAAAAAAUAGUACCAGAAAAAUCUAAAAUAUAUGAAAGAAAAAAUUAUAUCUACAUCGCUCUUUACAAACAAAAAGAAGGUGACUGGUGGUCUUUAAAAUACUGACAAUAUAAC